AUGGACUUCCGAAGGUCAGAAAAGGCUUGGAAAUGGCAAGUAAUAUUCUCUCUUUUCAUAUUUAGCUGGGGCUGGGUCUCAGGGCAGCUUCUUCGAUAUUCUGUACAAGAAGAGUCAGAUCCAGGAACACUUGUAGGGAACUUAGCUAAUGAACUGAGGUUGAAUCUGGCAGAUAUCUCUAAACGAAGAUUGCAUUUAAGAUCUGAGCUGAGCAACAGCCAUUUUGUUGUGAAUCAGGGAAGUGGAGCACUGACGGUGAAAGAAAGGAUUGAUAGAGAGAGCCUUUGUGGAUCCAGUGAUAGCUGUAUAUUACUGUUAAAAUUAAUUGCAGAAAAUCCUUCAGAACUUUUCAGUAUAGAAAUUGAGAUUUUGGACAUUAAUGAUAAUUCUCCUACUUUUCCAAAUGCUCAAUAUAUUUUAAAAAUUACAGAGGUUUUCACAAGCCCUGGUAUUCGAUUUUCCCUGGAGUCUGCCCAAGAUCCAGAUGUAGGAAUUAAUAGUAUUAGUCAAUAUAUACUGAAUUCAAAUCCAUUUUUCUCACUGUCUGUGAAAAAUCGCAAAGAUGGCACACUUAUUCCACAGAUUAUCCUAAAUAUGGCUUUAGAUAGGGAAGAUAUAUCUGAACACACACUCAUCCUGACUGCCAUUGAUGGAGGUGAACCAGCCAGAUCAGGAUCCUGCAAAAUAAGAGUUAUUGUUUUGGAUGUAAAUGAUAAUGCACCAGUGUUUGAUCAGGCAAGUUAUAAAAUUCAUGUUCAGGAAAAUCUCCCCUUAAAAACAGUCAUAAUCAAGCUUAAUGCCACAGAUUUGGAUGAGAACAUUAAUGGUGAAAUUGAAUAUUUUUUUGAUGAUCAUACUGCAGCCACUGUAAAGGAUUUAUUUGAUUUAAAUCCUCAUACAGGAGACAUUUAUCUAAAGGGUGCAUUAGAUUUUGAAGUGUCAAACUUCUAUGAAAUAUCAAUCGUGGCAAAGGACAAAGGACUACCUUCAUUGGUGGGGCACUGCCUUAUUCAGGUGGAGAUAAUAGAUGAAAAUGACAACCACCCAGAAUUAAUUUUUACCUCAAUCCUAAAAGAAGUGCCAGAAAAUUCAUCUCUAGGAACUACUGUUGGAUUUCUUAGUGUAAAAGAUAAAGAUUCUGGUAAAAAUGGAGAGGUGCAAUUGGAAAUAUAUCCAAACAUUCCCUUUGAGGUUAAGCUUUUUCAAACGCAUUAUACUUUGGUUACAAACAGACACCUGGACAGAGAAAAUACUUCUCGAUAUUCCAUUCAGAUUAUUGCUACUGAUUUGGGGUCCCCAGCAAUGAUCACACAAAUCACCAUCAAUCUUAGUAUUUCAGAUAUUAAUGACAAUGCUCCAGUAUUCAUGCAGUCUGUUUAUCAGUCCUUUAUAAAAGAAAACAACGAUGCAGGCAGCUUAUUGUGUACCGUGUCUGCUUAUGAUCCAGAUGAAGGCGUUAAUGCAGAAUUUAAAUUCUCUCUAGUUGAAACAGAACUAGAUACUACAUCUGCCAGUUCUUUAGUCUACAUUAAUCCCAGUAAUGGCAAUAUUUAUGCCCAGCGUUCCUAUGACUAUGAGCAAAUCCAACUUUUACAAAUUACUGUGAGAGUACAGGAUUCCGGAUCCCCUACAUUAUCUUCAGACACUGAUGUUUUCAUAUUUCUUCUUGAUGAAAAUGAUAAUUAUCCAACCGUAUUGUAUCUAGAAAAUUCUGGAGCACAUUUUUCUCAAGGGAUCUUGCCAAAGUAUUCAUCUGAAGGCUACUUGGUUACCAAAAUUUCUGCUGUGGAUUUAGACAGUGGUUAUAAUGCUUGGCUUCGUUUUACUCUGACUGAACCCAGUGAAUCACCUUUGUUUUCUGUCUCACAAUACACAGGAGAAGUUAGAAGUAUUAGACGUGUUUCUGAGCUAGAUAAUCCUGAACAACAACUUAUUAUUUCAGUCACUGACCAUGGAAUCCCAUCUUUGACAUCAACAGUCACUAUAUUUAUUGAUAUAGUAGACAUUACCUUGCAGGAUAAUCCUAAAACUCACAAUUUUGUAGCCAAUGCAAAACCCAGUUCAGAUUUGACUUUAUACCUCGUAAUAUCUUUGGUAUCCAUAAGCUUAGUUUCUCUUAUCACAUUCAUCAUAUUACUUGUAAAAUGUUUUAGAAAAGAUGAGCAUGAUAGCAGCUGCAGUAAUUGCUUUUUAUACAAGGCACAAUCAAAAUGCAAUAUGGAACAGUACCAGCCAACUCUUUACCUGAACACAGAUGGAACCUUAAAAUAUAUGGAGGUGAGGAUGGCUCCACCAGAACCUCAGGGACAUUGUUAUCAAACCUGUUUUCCUCAAGAAACAAAAACACAUGAUUUAUGUAGUAUAGAGCCUCUUCAAUUAAAUCAAGUGCAAGAAAUAUCAGCAGAAAUUGAACCGUCUGUUGAUCCAAGUUGUGCAUAUGAACCAAGGCAGGAUGCAGAUUCUAGUUUAUUUCAGGUCUCUUCAAAUACAGAGGAAAUAAGAACUAUUAGGCCCUUGAAAGAAGCAGAUAAUAUAGAGCAACAUCUUGUUGUCUUGAUCAAGGACCAUGGAAAUCCUACUUUGUCGACUACCGUCACUAUACUUGUCAAUAUACUUGAUAGUAUUCUACAAGAAAAUGCUAAAUCUCGUGAAUUGCUGCCAAAUUCAAAACCAACAUCAGACUUGGCUCUAUCUGAUAAUUUCCCUUGUGGCCAUUAG